AUGGUGUCAAGGAACGAUGGUGACAGUUUUCUUGUUGACGAGGCUAGUCUAGCACCAUGUUCACAUAGUUUGCAUGAAAGAAGACUCAGUGAAAAACAAAAGAGAGACUUUACAAUAACAGAAAAGCAAGAUGAGGCAUCUGAACAACCAGUCAAGGCUCGAAGGACAGAUAGUAAAUCCAAACUACAGAGCAAAUGCAAAAAAAUCUUUGACUCUUUCAAAAGACAGCUGCCACCAAACCCGAAUUCCGAACUAGAGUCCCAAGAAAAAAACAACUUAACUAAGUCAAUCAAAUCACGUCACUUGGUCAUGAUCAGCCUCGGUACCGGUAUAGGUACUGGGUUACUGGUCGGCAAUGGUCAGGUUCUGGGUACAGCUGGCCCUGCCGGAUUGGUCCUUGGUUACGGUAUAGCGUCGAUCAUGCUUUAUUGUAUCAUCCAAGCGGCCGGUGAGUUAGGUCUCUGUUAUGCAGGAUUAACCGGUAAUUAUACUAGAUAUCCUUCUAUUUUGGUCGACCCUUCGUUAGGGUUUGCAGUUUCUGUGGUUUACACCAUUCAAUGGCUAACUGUUCUGCCCUUACAAUUGGUCACAGCGGCGAUGACAGUCAAAUACUGGACGAGCGUAAAUGCAGACAUCUUUGUUGCUGUUGUUUUUGUUUUUGUAAUUAUCAUCAACCUCUUUGGGUCCAGAGGCUACGCUGAAGCCGAAUUCAUUUUCAAUACCUGUAAAAUAUUGAUGGUAAUCGGAUUUGUAAUUCUGGCCAUUAUCAUCAAUUGUGGUGGUGCGGGUGAUAGAAGGUACAUUGGUACUGAAUACUGGCAUAAUCCUGGUCCAUUUGCCCAUGGUUUUAAAGGCGUAUGUACCGUUUUCUGUUAUGCUGCGUUCAGCUAUGGUGGUAUUGAAGUUCUACUUCUAUCUGCCGCCGAGCAAGAAAAUCCAACGAAAUCUAUUCCAAAUGCCUGUAAAAAAGUUGUAUACCGUAUUGUACUGAUUUACAUGCUAACCACCAUUUUAGUUUGCUUUCUUGUUCCAUACAACAGUGACGAAUUAUUAGGCUCUAGUGACUCCUCUGGAUCCCAUGCAUCCCCAUUUGUCAUUGCUGUUGCAUCACAUGGUGUUAAAGUCGUGCCUCACUUUAUAAAUGCUGUUAUUUUGAUUUCUGUCAUUUCUGUUGCUAACUCUUCGUUAUAUUCUGGACCAAGAUUGUUAUUGUCAUUAGCAGAACAAGGCGUCUUACCUAAAUGUUUAGCAUAUGUUGAUAGAAGCGGACGGCCGUUGCUUUGUUUUUUUGUUUCAGUUGCCUUCGGGUGCAUUGGGUUUGUGGCUACUAGCGACGCUGAAGAACAGGUUUUCACUUGGCUAUUGGCCAUUUCUAGUCUUUCCCAAUUGUUUAUCUGGAUGUCAAUGUCUCUGUCACAUAUUAGAUUUAGAGAUGCCAUGGCAAAGCAAGGCCGUUCCAUGAAGGAAGUUGGAUACAAGGCACAAACUGGCUAUUGGGGUUCAUGGCUUGCAGUUCUAAUUGCAGUAUUCUUCCUAGUUUGCCAAUUCUGGGUAGCCAUCGCACCAGUUAAUGAACACGGAAAAUUGAAUGCCAAAGUAUUUUUUCAAAAUUAUUUGGCGAUGCCCAUCGUUUUGUUUGCCUAUUUUGGCCACAAGAUAUACUCCAAAUCGUGGAGCUUUUGGAUUCCAGCCGAAAAAAUCGAUUUAAACUCACAUAGAAACAUAUUUGUCCCAUCAAGGCUCACAGAGAUUAAUAAAGUCGACGACGAUGACGAGCUUAAAGAGUAUGAAAAUUCAGAAUCGUCGGUAAAUCCAAACAGCUCGCGUUCAAGAAUGUUUUUCAAGAAAAUGGUAAACUUCUGGUGUUAA